UCCGGUCCGUGCCCGGCUCCGUCCCGCCGGGGUCGCUUCCGGUCAUGGCGGCGGCAGCGGUCGGGGCCGGCCGCGGGCUCUGGGCGUGGAUGGCGAGAACCCGGCUCGGGCGCUGGUGCCAGGCGCUGGUGCAGGACUACGCCACGGCGCUGCGGGAGACGGCUCAGAGCGCUCGGCAGCGCCCGCUGGCCUUGGCGGUGACGGCGGCGGCGCUGAGCGGGGCGGCCGCGUGCGGCUCCUCGGUGCCCAGCGCCGAGUCCUUCGAGGCGGCCGUGGUGGAGGCCGCGGGGUCACUGCUGGUGCUGAGCCCCGGUACCCGCAGCCCCGGUGCCGAACGCCACGUGCAGCGCCUGCUGCGGCGCCGCGAGGCCGGGCGCCUGCGCUACCGCCACCUCGUGCUGCUCGCCGUGGUCUACGAGGCCCCGUGCAGCGCCAGCGCCCAGCUCUACGCCAGCCGGUGCCGGUACCUGCAGCCGCUGUGGCGCCAGGCCCCCGCCCGUCUGCUGGACGUGGGCUUCUGUGGGCGCUGGUGGCUGCUGCGGCACCGGCUCCGCGACUACGAUGUCAACGAGGACGAGUUCCGGGCGCUGCCGCCGCACCUGCGCUGCCUCGAGCCGCGGCAGCUCCGCUCCGAGCACACCGAGCGGCUCUUCCUGCAGAAGUACGAGCCCGCCGUGCUGGGCGAUGGCAUCGCCGGGGAGGAGGAGGAGGCCUGA